CCAGCAGCACCAUGGAAGAAGCAAGAACUGAUCAACAAACUCCCCGUCUUAUCCUUCUACCCAGUCCAGGAAUUGGACACAUUAUCCCUCUCGCCGAGUUCGCCAAACGACUCAUCCUCAUCCACAAAUUCGCCGUCACCUUCAUCAUCCCAACCGACGGUAACCCUUCCAAAGCACAGCAAGAUAUCCUUGAUUCCCUCCCUAAAUCCAUCAAUUACAUCUAUCUCACCCCUGUCGAUUUCUCUGACCUACCCCAUGAUUCCAUGAUUGAAACCCGCAUCACCCUAACAAUUUCUCGUUCCCUCAAUUCUCUCCGUGAAACCUUGAAGCUCUUCUCCGCAAUUUAUCGCAUCGCUGCAUUAGUUGUCGAUAUCCUAAGCACUGAUGCUUUCGAUAUAGCCAAGGAAUUCCAUAUUUCCCCUUACCUCUUCUUUCCCUCCACAGCUAUGUGUCUUUCAUUGACGCUCCAUCUGCCAAAGCUCCAUGAGAUGUACAGUGGAGAGUUUAGAGACAUGCCUGAGCCACUGAAAUUGCCCGGGUGUGUGCCGAUUCUUGGAACUGAUUUGCCGGAUCCGUUGCAAGAAAGUAGCAACAACGAUGCCUAUCAGUUGUGUCUCUACCAGUCCAAACGUUAUAGGAUGGCUGAGGGUAUUCUCAUAAAUACCUUCCCGGGCCUGGAAAGAGGCGCUCUCAAGGCUUUGAAGGAUGGGUCGGAUCCAACCAUCCCACCGGUCUACCCGGUUGGACCGCUCAUCCGGAAGGGUUUGAAGGCUGAAGUCAAUGAUGAUCUGAAAUGUCUGAGGUGGUUGGACGACCAGCCAACCGGUUCGGUUCUAUUUGUGUCCUUUGGGAGUGGUGGGACCCUCUCCAUGGAGCAGCAAACCGAAUUGGCCUUAGGAUUGGAGCUGAGUGAGAAAAAUUUUUUAUGGGUCAUCAAGAGCCCAAUUCAAUCCUCAGCAAAUGCCUCCUACUUUAAUGCCCGAAGCAUACAAGACCCAUUUGCUUUCUUGCCUGAAGGGUUCUUGGAGAGGACCAAAGGGAGGGGUAUAGUGGUGUCUUCAUGGGCCCCUCAAGUACAAGUGCUUAGCCAUGGUUCGACCGGAGGGUUCAUCACCCACUGCGGGUGGAACUCUACCCUUGAGAGCGUGGUACAUGGUGUGCCCUUGAUUGCGUGGCCUCUCUUUGCAGAACAGAGGAUGAACUCAAAGAUGCUGGUGGAGGAUUUGAAGGUGGCACUCAGGCCCAAAGUAGAAGAAAAUGGAGUAGUGGGGCGAAUUGAAAUUGCGACCACUGUGAAAUGCCUCAUGGAAGGAGAAGAAGGAAAGAGAAUUCGAAAGCAGAUGAGAGUCUUCCAGGAUCUAGCAGAGAAGGCUCUCUCUGAGGAUGCGUACACAUCAAAAUCACUCUCGGAGGUGGCACAAAAGUGGAAGUCUCACGUUGCCAUUUGAUCUACAAUCCAAUUUCUCUCCACCCUUGGGGAAGAAAGAAUCUCUUCAUCCACCCAUUUGA